UUAUCCUCGUACAUUAUAAUAUUACCACGAUCUGGUUUCAAUUUCCAUAAUAUUCUACAUCGUGUUUCUUGCCACUGCCAAAAAAGAACACGUGCAAAAAAACCUCGUGUCGAUGAAUUUGCAUAUAAAAUGCAUCUGCGAGUAUAUUCUCUAUAGACAAUCGAGCCAAAAAAGUUGUCCAUUAUACGAGUAUAUUUAUUAUCUAGGCUUUUGAUAAACGAUAAGUUCUCUAAUCACCUGACCGGUUAUCAUUUGCGAUACCUACCAAACUUUUGUUAUAGUUCUCGUUACCCGGUGGUCCUCUUCUAGUUGUGAUAAUCAUGUGCGGAAUUUGGGCAAUUUUUGGUAUCGACGAAGAUUAUUUUCGUAAAUGCGAAUGUUCUUUCGGUAAAAUUCGACAUCGAGGACCGGAUGCUUUACGGUUCCAGUAUGAAGCUGAUGUUAAGAAUGCAUUCUUGGGAUUUCAUCGGCUUUCUAUUGUAAAAACACCUUUCGGAAUACAACCUAUGCGCCUGUAUCAGUUUCCAGAAACUCAUUUAUUGUGUAAUGGUGAAAUAUACAAUUGCAAAAAGCUCGGCAAAGAAUUCGAUUUCAAAUACGAGACCGGAUCUGAUGUUGAAAGCAUUCUACACUUAUUCAGUAAAUUCGGAAUUGAAAAAUGCGCCCAGCAACUGGACGGUGUAUUUGCAUUUUGUGUACUGGAUAUAACCAACAGGUGCUUUUAUGUGGCUCGAGAUCCAUUUGGGGUACGACCUCUCUUCAGACUUGUUACCAAUAAUGGAAUCGUUGGUAUUGCUUCUGAAGCCAAAGCGUUGAUUGGACUUACUCACGAUUUCAAUGGUACGAAAUGGUACAUCGAACCAUAUCCUCCUGGACACUAUUCAAAAUACCAAAUCGGUGAUGAUUUUAAAGUGAAACUGGUUGAAGAAAAACGUUACUACCAGAUUGGUUGUCGGCCAAAAUUCACUCCUUGGGCCAAUUAUGAAGAUUUAUCCGAAAAUAUCCACGAAAACAUACGACGACUUUUGACCGCAGCUGUAGACAAACGUCUAAUGUCCGAUCGUCGAAUAGGAUGCUUACUGUCAGGAGGCCUUGAUUCCAGUUUAAUAUCAGCUCUACUAGUAAAACUCUCCAAAGAGUAUAAACUACCGUAUAAAGUACAGUCUUUUGCCAUCGGUAUGGGUGACAGUCCAGAUAUCCAGGCAGCCAGACAAGUAUCCGAGUACAUCGAUACCGAACAUUACGAAAUUAUUUUCACCGAGGAAGACGUCAUUAGCGUACUAGACGACGUUAUUUAUCAUCUAGAGACAGCCGAUAUAACCACAAUUAGAGCGUCUAUCGGAAUGUAUUUGAUAUCGCGAUUUAUCAAACAGAAUACCGAUACUACGGUUAUAUUUAGCGGAGAAGGAGCAGACGAAUUAGCCCAAGGGUACAUUUACUUCAGAGAUGCACCGACUUCGAAACACGGAGACGAAGAAAGCCACCGAUUAUUAAACGAUAUCUACCUGUAUGAUGGUCUCAGAGCUGAUCGAACUACCGCAGCGCAUAGUUUGGAACUACGAGUACCAUUCCUCGAUCAACAUUUCACCAAUUAUAUUCUCAGUUUGCCAGUCGAGCUGAGACAGCCACAGAAAGGCGUCGAAAAGUAUUUAAUUAGAUCAGCAUUCGACAAUACCAAAUUAUUACCUGAUAAUAUCCUAUGGAGGCAUAAGGAAGCUUUCAGUGACGGCGUAGCUGACGUUAAAAGAUCUCUAUUCAAAAUAAUUCAAGAUUGGGUCGAAGAUAAAGUAUCGGAUGAAGCUUUAGCAAACGCUCCUAUUAAAUAUCCUCAUCUUCCACCCAAAACUAAGGAGUCGUAUUACUACAGAGAAGUAUUCGAGAAACAUUAUCCGGGCCAGGCUAACAAGUUGGUGCCUUAUUAUUGGAUGCCCAAGUGGACCGAUGUUCAAGAUCCUUCGGCUAGAUUCAUCAAACAUUAUGCAGCUAAAUAAAUCGAGUAAAAUUUGUCAUGCAUUUUUAUCGGAUUCAAGAAUCUCAUCAUCACCGUACAACAUAUCUGCAUAUUUUUACCAGUAUUUCACGUGAAAGUUUUACUUAUCACAUGAUAUCUUUUAAAAUAGCGUAAUAUCUAAUUAUUUUCGAGUGCUAAGAGUAAAUUAUACGAUAUUUACAAGCUAUCACUUCUGCACUUUUACUAUAAAUUAUGGUGUAAAUAAACAUAUUUAAAAAAUAAAAUAUUUUAAAAUAAGUAACAUUUUGGUCUUUAUCAUUUUAUUGAAAAAAAAAAAAAAAAAAAAAAAAAAAAUUAAAAACA